GUUCUUCAUCCCAUCGGUGAGAUGAACCUUAGAUCCUACGAUAGAUACAAAUGCUCAUUCCCCGACGCAAUAUGGUGGUAAUAUGUUUGGUCAUACACAUCCGGGAAGGUUUCUAGAUUUUUGAGAAAAGGGGAAAAAAUAAAGAAAGAAAGAAACGCCUCAACCAACAACAUCGGACGCAUAACAAAACGCGGGCCGUCCCAGCGCAAACCCGCUUUGCUAGGGCUCGCGAUCUUCUUCCCCAGGACCCCCAGGAGAGGAGCUAGGCAUAUCAAGGGAAAAUGGCAUCCAGUCCAUCAUUAACUCCUGCUGCGACGCAUACAGACGGCGAGCGCGAUAAUGAUUCCGGCAGUGACGCGCAGUUGCAGCUUCGGCGCAAGAUCAGCCAAGCUGUGGAUGAGGGACACGACGCGGAUAUCCCGUCGAGUCAGGGCUUUGUGCUAAGCGAGGAGGAAGAGCUCAGACGGCAGCGAUCGAUAGCCGACCGAAGAAGAAAUUCGAUUGCUAGCGGAGGGAGUAGGGCGAAUCGCGAUGUUGAGAAGGCACAGGCGCCGGGCGAGGCCGCGCUCUCGAGUAGCAACGAUGACGAUGACAGCGAUACGAGUCCGAACGUCGUUUGGUGGUCUGGCCCCAACGACCCGGAAAACCCAUACAACUGGCCAACAUGGCGUAAGGUCCUUAACUGUGGCCUAAUCAGUGCGAUGACCUUCAUCUCUCCCCUAGCAUCGUCCAUCUUUGCUCCGGGUGUACCCCAGGUUAUAGCUGAAUUCCACUCCACCUCGCUAGAGAUCGCAGCGUUUGUGGUCUCGGUCUACGUCUUGGGAUUUGCCGCCGGACCUAUGCUUUUCGCCCCCUUAUCCGAAAUUUACGGCCGAGUCAUCCUGUAUCACAUCGCCAAUGUGGGAUUUGUCGCAUUCCAAAUCGGAUGCGCUCUCGCCCCAACGUUGAAUGCUCUAAUCGUCUUCCGAUUUUUCGCCGGCGUGUUCGGCUCCGUAUCAAUCACCAACGGUGGCGGGACUAUUGCCGAUAUGAUCGUUCAGGAGAAGCGGGGUGGUGCAAUGGCUGUGUUCAGCAUUGGCCCACUUCUUGGUCCCAUCAUUGGCCCUGUUGCUGGGGGUUUCCUAUCCGAUGCUGAGGGCUGGAGGUGGUCAUUCUGGUUACUGACCAUUGUUGGGGGGUUCCUAGGCAUUCUCAUGACUUUCUCCCUCAAGGAGAGUUAUGCACCCGUCAUCCUAGAAAGGAAGGCUGCCAAGUUGCGCAAGGACACUGGCAACGACCUCCUGCGGUCGAAGCUUGAUGCUGGCCUAUCGCCCAGGGACUACUUCAAGCGAGGCAUUAUUCGCCCCUUUAAGAUGCUCUUUCUCUCGCCAAUCGUUGCCAUCACAUCACUCUAUAUGGCGGUUACAUAUGGCUAUUUGUAUCUUAUGUUUACUACCAUGACUGAGGUAUUCCAGGAGUAUUAUGGUUUCACGACGAGCACCGUUGGUCUGGCAUUCCUUGGACUGGGUGUUGGAAGCAUGAUCGGCAUUAUUCUUUUCAGCGGGACCUCCGACAGAUAUAUACAAAGGAAAGCAGCUCAGGCUGACGCGGAAGCCCAGGCGACGGGUGGAACCAAGGCUGGCAUGAAGCCCGAGUACCGAUUACCGUUACUUCCCUUAGGGGCCGUUUUCAUCCCUGCCGGCUUAUUCAUAUACGGAUGGACUGCCGACUUCAGGACACACUGGAUCGCGCCCAUCAUCGGGACAGCUAUCGUCGGCAUCGGAAAUUUGAUUGUUUUUAUGUCGAUCCAAAUGUACUUGGUCGAUACCUUCACCAUCUAUGCUGCUUCAGCCAUAGCAUGCAAUACAGUCGUACGAUCUUUGGCUGGUGCUGUGCUCCCGCUUGCCGGCUUGCCCAUGUACAGCAAGCUGGGUAUCGGUUGGGGUAACAGUCUGCUGGGUUUCAUCGCCGUCGCGCUGUUUCCCGUAUCAAUAUUUGUACUUAAGUACGGCGAAGCGCUCAGAAAUAGAUUUGUUAUCAAGAAUCUUUAGGGGGGGCGAAUUUCGCGAGUUUGUCUCCAAAAACGAGCGGCAAAAGGGACGAGAAAAAGAGGGGAAACCAAUAAAAAUAUCUUACAUUAACAGGAUCCCGACAUUACAUCCCCUAGCAUCAUGUAUAUAGAGGUUAUUCACGAAUAUAUAACCACCUGCUUUGAAAGCAUAUUACAUAAGCGCUCCCUCGGAGCUACAGAGUAGGUAGAACCCUCAGUUACUUACCUACCUAUGAACAAUUCGUAUGAAAACUCAUAAACGAGCU